CCCCUCCUCCUCUUCCGUGUACUUCUCCUUUUCCUUCCAUAUACUCAACCCCGUCCUCCUCCUCCGCCUCCUUCAAAUCCAUAUGCUCCACCCCUCCCCCUCUCCGUCUUCCUCCUCCUCCUCCUCAUCCUCCUCUUUCUCAUACUUGUCCUCGAACACCGCGUUCUUAUCCUCCUCGACCCCGUCUUCCUCAUCCUGCUCAACAUCCUCGCACGCCUCCUCUUCUUCCUACUUCUCCUACACACAUUCUCCUCCCCCUCUCUCUUUAAUACUCUUCUUAUUCCUUAUCCUUUCACUCCUCCUAUUCCUCCUCCUCCUCCUCCUUCUCCACCCCUACCGCCCGUAUUUUCCCUCCUCGUGCGCGUACUUCUCCUCCUCUUCUUUCUCGCCCACAUUCUUGUACCCCGUCUACUCCUCGAAUAUCGAUGAACAACCUUACUGGAGAUUGCCGGUGUGGACUUGUAUAACUGCUACCGAGGGACUUUGA